AUGUCGCUCGCGAUCUGUCCUCGCGUGAGCGCCGUUCGAGGAGGUCAACCGUCGAGGAACGAGCGCCGUCGCAGUUUCCACAGGUUUCAUCGCGUCGCGUCGAGCGUGGACGACGAGCGAGGCAGUAUUCAUCGAAAUGUUGCGAAGAGCUCGACGUCGCCAAAAAAUGAUUCUUUGAGCGCCCUGGACGCCGUGCUCGGGCGUUUCGACGAAAACGCGAUGGAUACGACGGAUGGUAGUACUAUGAUCGACGAUCGAUCGAAGACGGAGUCGCAGGCGACGACGGUGAAGGAUGACCGAACGCCGUGGUGCGACGCGGAGUACGACGUCGAGCGGGACGCGUUCGGGUGCGGACCGCGGUGGGAGACGCGAUGGAGUGGUCUGCGAAUCUUCAUCACCGCGCUGUCGAUAGAGGCGAGCUUUUACGUUGCCGGCAUCGUCUCUCCGGUCGUUGCUGUUUUGGAGAGUGACGCUGUUUUGGGUGACAGCGACCCAGAGGUGUUCGCGCGUGAGUUCCAGGAAGCGUUCGAGCGCGCUGACGUCUUCACGAACGCGCUCUUGAUAGGGGAGGCGAUGCAGACGGGAUUGGGGUUACUCGUUCUGGGUAUUUCUCUCGCACCGUUCGUUCCGCUCCCGCGCGGAUGGUUCAACGACGUGAUCUCGAUCGAGCCAGAGAACGAGCCGACGGGUGGGAUGUUCGUGAGACAGCGGCGCAAAGCGCAGGCGGAUGCCCUGGAGAAGCGACGGGCGAACACCGGAGGCGAGAUCGGGCGCGCGGUCAUCGGGACCUACCUUGCCGUGGCCCUCGUGACGUGGAUUCUCUACGCAGCCGGAUUGAGAGGCGGCGACGCCGACGGUGCAUCGUCGGUGGAGCUCAUUGCGAAAUCCUUUGACGCUGGACCUGAGGGCGUCGCCCGCUUGGUCGUCGCUACCGUCGUCCUAGCGCCAAUCUUCGAGGAGAUUUGUUUCAGAGGGUACCUCAUGCCAUCACUCACGAAGUACGUCUCCACGCCCGUCGCCGUGGGUGCCUCGGCGGUGAUCUUUGCGCUUGUCCAUCAGCACGGCGUCGGCGACACCGCACAGUUGCUCGUCGUGGGCUUGGCCACUGGAUUGGUGUACGCUAGGACUAGAAAUCUCGCAGCGUCCAUGGCGGUGCACGCCGCGUUUAACGCGACCGUUAUCGCCCUUUUCGCGCUUUGGGUGAGUUAA